AUGGGACAGAAUACCAGUCAGCUGUCAAACUUCGGGCCAAACGUCUCGGCUGUUGAGACUCAUGUCGGAGUUCAGGGUGGCCACCCGCAGGCCAAGCACGACGAUGGAGUGACGUGGUGGUGUAAGAUUCUAGCUAAAACCUGCUGUGUUGUAGCAGGCAUUUGUGCAAUGAUAACAGGUCUAUUCAGAGUAAUAACAUUUACGCCACUGUGCCUAGUUGCAGGAAUUCUUCUCAUGUUGCUUGGGUUUUUUGUGAUCAUCAUGGAAGCUCCAUGUUGUUGCCAGUUUCUCGACUUCAUUCAGCCAAUCAGUCGAUUCAGUGAGAGGAGGACUUACUGGCAGAAGGCCAUAGCGUAUGCGCUACCUUCGUUUUUACCACCAAUGCUGUGUUUUUCUGUGACAACCGCAUGCGGCAGUGCCCUGUUGAUAGCUUCAGGAGUUAUAUAUGGGUUGAUUGCUUUAGGAAAAAAAGCCGACAGAGACACAAUGAUAUCCCGAGCCAGGGGGAAUGAUGUGGAGUUGAAAGAAACAUUGAUAACAAAUGAAGUCAGCCCAAAUUCAUAUCCGGCCAACCCAUGA